UAUUCUUCUUUAGCUCUUCAUUGCUACUGUUUUUAAAUAUUAAUUUGUCUAGUUAUUUAAUUCCAUCUCUAAUGGCUGAUUUGGAUUGUUCAAGCACAUCAAAUAAUGCCUCCAUGGACUCUCCCGCAUUUGAGACCGACAAGGAAGAAACCUGGAAGCUUGAAUUUUCAGAAGACGAGGAUUUCCUUGUUGCUAAAAUGUUCAACUUGGUUGGUGAGAGGUGGUCAUUAAUUGCUGGAAGAAUUCCAGGGAGAACUGCUGAGGAAAUUGAGAAGUACUGGAACUCAAGACACUCCACCAGGCACACAAUAUGGAGAAAAAAUAAGUGUCGCAAGGUUGAAAGGCCAGACUAUUAUAUCCUCUCAAUAGGGUGAGGAGAGAAAGACGAGAUAAGAUAAAGAAAAUAUGAGGAGACAAAAAAACCCAUAAUCGGAAGACGAAAUGUUGUUGCUCCCGGAACCAUCACCACCUCCUCCUCCGCCUCCCCUGCCACGCCGUUGUCCCAUCACGGGAUCGGAGAGGAGGCACACGGCCAUCAGUACAAUAAGAACUAUGGUCAUUUUAGAUGUAAUUGUCAUCUUCUCAAAACUAUGCAAAAGAAUAUAGGUCAUGUAAUAAUUAUAUAUGGUGUUUGAUAUAUAGUUGUAAAUUAGUAAACGCAAUGCUACUUUUAAUAUAUUUAACCUAUGGC